CCGUGGAGAGGAGAGAGAGCUGGGAGGAGGAGGCGGAGGCGCUCACUCACACCUGACUUCUGUUCAGUUUGAACUCCACAAACUACCUGCGCUCCCACUUUCGGCAUAUGGAGCUCCGUGUCGAGCAGUGGAGGCACUAAUUUCUACUGUUCUGUGGGGCGACAACUUGCAGUUUCAGGUUUCUCGAACGACGGAUAGCGUCCUGUGGAGGAGGAAGGCUACGGCAUUCUGAAUCUGCUUGGCCAGUAUGCAAACUGUAACAGGUCCAGAUCAGCAACCUGUCAUCACCUCUCCGCUCAAGUCUGUGUGCAGCAGCACUUCUGUCCCUUCGUGCUCUCAGAAUCACUUCGGCAGCCGUACAAAAACAUCAAGGGACCACAGGCUGUAAGAUUAGAGAGAAGGAUGGGGUCAUCGGUUGUCCGUCUGGCUUGGUUCCUCAUUCUAAGCUUCACCACAAGUGCAUUAAGUCUCAACCCUGAUGACCCCAAUGUCUGCAGCCACUGGGAGAGCUAUGCAGUGACUGUCCAGGAGUCCUACGCUCAUCCAUUUGACCAGAUCUAUUACACAAGAUGCACUGACAUCCUAAACUGGUUUAAAUGCACCAGACAUAGGAUCAGCUAUAAGACGGCUUACCGGCGGGGAGUAAGGACCAUGUAUAGGCGCCGCUCACAGUGUUGCCCUGGUUACUUUGAAAGCGGAGACUUGUGUGUUCCUCUGUGUACAGAGGAGUGCAUGCACGGUCGCUGCGUCUCUCCUGAUACAUGCCAGUGCGAGCCUGGAUGGGGUGGACUGGACUGCUCCAGUGCAAGCACAGCCAAUGGAACAGGCUGUGAGAGUGACUUCUGGGGACCUCACUGCAGUAAUCGUUGCCAGUGCCGAAAUGAGGCUAAGUGUAACCCUAUAACAGGAGCUUGUGUGUGCACGGAUGGGUACCAGGGGUGGCGUUGCGAGGACCUGUGUGAGAAUGGUUACUAUGGCAAGGGGUGUCUGCUGCCCUGCCAGUGUCUCAAUGGUGCCACGUGUGACCAUGAAACAGGAGAGUGCAUUUGUGCAUCAGGAUACACAGGAGCUUUCUGUGGGGAGCGGUGCCCCUCCGGCAGCCAUGGACCGCAGUGUGAGCAGCGUUGCCCCUGUCAAAAUGGAGGAACAUGUCACCACAUUACGGGAGACUGUUCCUGCCCUGCUGGUUGGACGGGUUCGGUGUGUGCUCAGCCCUGCCCUCUGGGCAAAUACGGCAUCAACUGCAGCAAAGACUGUUCCUGUCGCAAUGGCGGCCUGUGCGACCAUGUCACUGGAAAGUGCCAGUGUACAGCUGGAUUCAGUGGACGCAGAUGUCAAGAAGACUGUCCUGUGGGCACCUAUGGUCCACAGUGCAACCAAAGGUGUGAGUGUCAGAACGGUGCGAAGUGUCACCACAUCAAUGGAGCUUGUCUGUGUGAAACAGGCUUUAAAGGCCCUAAUUGUCAAGAGAGAUUCUGUCCUUCGGGCCUUUACGGCCUCAUCUGUGACAAGUACUGCCCUUGUAACACCACCAACACUGUGAGCUGCCACCCACUAUCUGGUGAAUGCACAUGCUCACCCGGGUGGACAGGGCUUUACUGCAAUGAGACCUGCCCUCCUGGAUUCUACGGAGAAGGAUGCUUUCUGCCUUGCAGCUGCACCAAUGGAGCUGACUGUCAUCCUGUCACAGGGAUCUGUACCUGUGCUCCUGGCUUCAUGGGUGAGGACUGUGCCACUGUAUGUCCACCUGGUCUAUUUGGGCCAAGCUGCAUGUCCACCUGCUCCUGCCACAACCAAGCAUCUUGCUCUCCAGUCGACGGCUCCUGCAUCUGCAGAGAAGGCUGGCAGGGUGUGGACUGCUCCAUUCCUUGCUCCAGUGGUACGUGGGGUCUGGGCUGCAACCAAACAUGCUUAUGCAGCAACGGCGCUGCAUGUGACCCUGUGGACGGCACCUGUGCUUGUUCUCCUGGCUGGAGAGGGGAGCACUGUCACGAGUCCUGCCCUGAUGGCACCUAUGGGCUGGACUGCCGUGAGCGGUGCGAUUGUAGUCAUGCUGAUGGCUGUGACCCUGUGAGUGGCUUCUGUCGCUGCUACCCAGGAUGGACCGGAAUCCACUGCGAUAACGUGUGCCCACAAGGCUUCUGGGGACCCAACUGUUCAGUCAGCUGUUCCUGUCAGAACGGAGGGUCCUGCUCUCCUGAGGACGGCACAUGUGUGUGCGCACCUGGAUACAGAGGGACUUCGUGCAAAAGAAUCUGCUCUCCGGGGUUCUAUGGGCACCGCUGCAGCCAGACGUGUCCGCAGUGCGUGCACAGCAUCGGCCCAUGCCAUCAUGUCACCGGCCACUGUGAGUGCCUCUCUGGCUUCACGGGCUCCCUGUGCAACCAAGUCUGUCCGAGCGGCAGGUACGGCAGGGCUUGCGCAGAGAUCUGCCUCUGCACCAACAACGGCACCUGCAACCCCAUCGACGGCUCCUGCCAGUGUUUCCCCGGCUGGACCGGAGAUGAUUGCUCGCAGGCGUGUCCCUCUGGGCACUGGGGUCCUGAUUGUCUCAACUCGUGUAACUGUCACAACGGAGCCCAGUGCAGUGCCUAUGAUGGGGAGUGCAGGUGCAGCCCUGGCUGGACUGGUCUCUACUGCACACAGCGUUGUCCUUCAGGUUUCUACGGAAAAGACUGCUCUGAAGUCUGCCGCUGCCAGAACGGCGCGGACUGUGACCACAUCACGGGCCAGUGUGUUUGCCGAACAGGCUUCAUUGGGACGGGCUGCGAGCAGAAGUGUCCUGCUGGUACAUUUGGAUAUGGCUGCCAGCUGCUGUGUGAGUGCCUGAACAAUGCAACGUGCGACUAUGUGACUGGAACAUGCUACUGUAGCCCCGGAUAUAAAGGCAUCCGCUGCGAUCAAGCAGCUCUGAUGAUGGAAGAGCUGAACCCAUACACCAAGAUAAGCCCGGCACGUGGUUCAGAGCGGCAGUCUGCGGGGGCUGUCAUGGGCAUCAUCUUUCUGCUUCUCAUCCUCAUGGCCAUGCUUAGUGUGUUUGUGUGGUACAGGCAGAGACAGAGGGACAAGGGCCAGGAGAUCCAGCCCAGUGUGUCCUACUCACAGGCAAUGCACAUUAACAACACUGACUACUCUCUUUCUGAGUGUGGCAGUACUGUUGCGAUGAGGACCAGCUGCCUCAGAGAUCAAUCAGAACCAGAACAGCACCAGCAGCACUGCCCAAUGCUUCUCCAACCCCAGUUACCCCACCGUAGCCCAGUGUAACGUGGUCUCCACCAUUUCCAGCAACCUUGACGGGACCCUGACUCUCAAAUCAAGUACCCUGAAGAGCCGAAAUGCCUCAGAAUGGAGAGCCUUCUGCAACCUUAAUGACAUAGAAGUUCAACAGAAUGAGGCACAGCCACAAAAAGCAUCGCGAAAAG